AUGGACUCUGCAUCGCCCGCCUUCGACCCUGACGCGCUCACCUAUCGAAGCUUCCUGCCUCGCCCGCAACACCCUUCCUCCGCCUCCUCACCGUCGAUCCCCACAGUACCAACCUUCCCAGAACUCACCUUGCUGCAGCAGGAACUCCAGCACUUGUCCGAAAAGGCCAGCAACCGAUAUGACCGUUACAGCAACGAGCUUUUGAAAUUGGAAGGUGGAUCAGCACUGUUAGCUCAGGCACAGUCCAAGGAAUCGUCCGUUUCAUCUACACCCAACACCAUGACGCCAACUUCUGCAGCAUUCAACACAACUACCCAAGGAGGUGCUGGAGGAAACGCGGCAUCUGCUGCAGCCAAUGCUUCAACAAUCGCCACUACCGCCAGGACCAACAGUGCCUCACCUGUCACAGCCUCGCCUUCGUCAUUCUCGAGUAGUGCUGCCCGUACUGGAGGUGCUGCCAGUACGACGGGGACUACUCCCGCCGGUGGCAGUUCGCCAUCCGUUGUCAAACUGGGUGUUGUCACGUUGAAACUCAAGCGAUCCGAUGCAACAGAGGACGAACCAAGCACGACAUCCACACCUAAUACUAUCAAGAUUCGAACAGGAACACCUUCGUUGGCGCAAGAUGGACUUACAAAGAAAAAGAAGAAGCGCGAGAUUGACGAAGACAGUGAAUAUUCAGAGGAUGAUCGAGCAGCACCGCCGCCGAAGGUGAAGAGAAGCGAUGAUUUUGCGACGGUCAAGGCAGGACGGAGCACCUCGCCACAACCCGUCAAGCCGAUUAACAACCGAAACAGCACACCCAAGGCAAAUCAGAAUCGAACUGGCGAUAAGGCACACUCAGGGUCACACCAAAAGAAAAAGAAGAAUGAUCACCCGACAGAAAAGACACAAAAGCCACCACCAAAGGCUCAGGAAGUCCAGGAGGACUUUUCAAAGGUCAAGGUCGCCAAUCAGAUCCCUAUUCAGACAUUCUGGACAUCGAUGGAUCCUUAUUUCCGUCCCUUUACCGAGUCUGACCGAAAUGUCCUGGAAGAGCAGCCAGAGACCGACCAGGUGACGCCAUUGAUGAUUCCACCCCUUGGACGACACUACCAGGAUGUUUGGGCUGAGGAAGACAGGUCGUUGCUUCCGUUUGACGGAUACGAGUCUCGCCGGAACUCUGUCGAUUCUAUCAAGGAGUCAGGGCCGUCACGGAAUACUGUCUAUAGCCAGCCCUUUGAGCUCACGGAUGAGAACAUUGAUCAGGACGAGAUAUCUUGCGGACCUUUGACAGAGCGUAUUAUCUGCUCCUUGAUCUCUGAAGAGGUUGCGGAUGCAAAAGACUUUGUACAGGACGAAGAUGCACCAAGAGCCUCGCCAUCGCCAGCAGCCACGCAGUCGAACGCCAGGAACUAUGCAGAACUUGAGGAGCGAAUCAAACGCGAGUUGCGCUACAUUGGACUGCUUGGCAACGAAGAGAUCAACUGGGAUGCUAGAGAAGAUGACGAGAUCAGCAUAACGCUUCGGUCUCUUCAGAAAGAGUUGAGGGAUGUGAUGAAGGUGAACAGGAGCAGGAAGCAAAAGUUGCUGGGGCUGGUCAACAACCAUCUUGCCUACCAAGAGUACAAUACUAUUCUGGAUGAUCUUGACAAGCAGGUCGAACAAGGCUACCUCAAGCGCUUCCGCAUGACAAAGUCCAAGAAGAAAAAGACGUCAACACCCAAGGCACUUUCGGAGAAUGCGUUGAGUGCGAUGGACCGACGGAAGCGAUUUGUCCAAGGAGUCGGACCCAUCUUUCCUCCUGAAAACUAUACCAUUCCAACCAAAUCGAUUUAUCAGGACGAAGUUCAGCCCAAUCCUUCCAGCACGCCUCUCACUUAUCGGCAACUGAACGGGUUGCCCUAG